CUCUAGAUUAAGAGUGGGCUUUUUCAGGAGAGGUUUAAUUACAGCUACUUUGAAGGAAUGUGGUACAUGGCCUGUUAGCAAAGACACAUUGAUUUCACACAAACGGAAAAUCAAGACUUGUUUCUAGAGUAAAAUCCAAAUAAAAGCUUCAGCUUUUUUGCAACAUACUGGAUAUGUCAUCGAUCCAAAACUGUAUUUUAAGGUAUAUACAAACUCAAAUGUGUUCAAAUUGUCAUGGACAAUGCUGAUCGUACUGCUCUCAAAGUAGUAAAACAAAUGUUUAGUGUUUCCUGUAAAAACAGUUCAUGUAAUCUAAUACAUACUAAAGUUACUCACAAGCCUUAGCAGGAGUGGUUGCACAGCAAAUUAAGAGUUUUCAGCAUAGAAAUUAAAGGCUAAAUUUGCUAUAUUCUGCCAAAGGCCAUUUCUGUAUAUUAUUAAUAAUAGAGGGCCCAGAACCAAACAUUGUAGUACCUUGAGAACUUGUGAGGUAGCACCACUAACUAAAUUGCUUGUGGUAUGUCUAUGAGAUUGUUUGCAAUCCACCCAGCUUCAUUUUCAGAAAAACGAACAACUGUAAGACGUUCAAGUAAAGUAUUGUGCUAAACAGGUCUGAGCGAGGUCUUUGAAAAGAGAGUCCGCAAUGCAUGUUCUUUGGGCUUCAGUUGUAUAGUUUGACCGUCAUGGCAGCAGUAACAGUACUAUGGUUUUAGCACAAUCAGUAUAGAGUUGGUUGCCAUAUAAUAAUAACAAUAAUUAAAGCUGCAUUGAUCGGAGUUUGUCGAUCCCGUUCGUGCCCAGGAAGAGAGUUUGGUCGAGUUGCCCUCCCGACUCCAGCGAAGGAUAGGAGGGUUCUGGAUUCGCUGGACAAUUCUGGUCGUUGUUUUGUUUGUUUUAUUCUUUGCUGUUUCCCCUGGCAUAUUGGGAGAAUAAAGUCCUCACUUUGAUUUUGAAAACUGCUGCGUGAGCGUGCGUUUGGGUCCUCCACACCACACAUCAUAACAGAACGAACUGACCAACAUGACGGACCCAGCCGCCGCAGCAGCAUCGCUUCCUGCGGAUAUUCUGCAGAGGUCGAUUUCCUCUCAAGGCAAUCUCCUCGGCCAAUACCAUCAAGUGCUGCAGGACCUACUUGACUCAUGUUCCAUCGUGUCCCAGGUGGCAGAGAUAGGAGGCCUGUUACGGGACCUCACGCUGCGCCUUUCUCUUCCUCCGGAGCCGGUCCUGCAGGACUCAUCUGGCACCCAUGAGUCUUUUGUUCCUUUAUCUAUGCCCUAUGGUGGAGCGUACGGGGAGUGCAGAGGGUUCAUGCUCCAGUGUAAUUUUGUUUUUGACCAACAGCCCUGCACAUUCGCCUUGGACAAUGUAAGAGUGGCUUAUAUGGUGGGGUUGCUGCGCAGCAAGGCACUGGUCUGGGCUGAAGCUUGGCUCAUCAGAUGCUCCUCUGCCCGGGUUUCCUACGAGCGCUUCGUGGAGGAAUUCAAGAGAGUAUUCGACCACCCGGUGUACACCCGGGACGUUGUUCAGCGCCUGCUCAGUCUUUGUCAGGGGUCAACCAGUGCAGCAGAGUACUCUGUAGAUUUCCAGAUUCUGGCCAUGGAGUCCGGUUGGGACAAGGAACCGGAGAAACCGAUACAGCUCGGGCUGAUUCAUCUCUCUCCGGAGGAGAGGGUGCGACACCUCCGCGCUGGAAGCUGUUUGUACUGUGGAAGAAUCCCCGCUCAGGACACCAGGAGAACGCUCAGCAGGAGAGAGACAGGUAUCGAACUCGAGAAGAACCCACAAUUCAGAAGUCAGUUGCAGCAGUUGAGGAGAGUCAUUUAAACAUACCUGCAUCUUCUCAAAAGCCAUCCGGGAUGGAGAACCUCUCACAGCAAGAUUGUAGUCCAUCACCAGCGUCUUGUCCCCUCUCCCCAUCACGUUACAUGAGGCGUUUGCCCCCUCCUCUAGGCUUUUACCUGCCUAAGGAGCACAGCUAUGCUCAGCUCUGCCCCCUGCUGUGGAGGAGACGUUAUGACCAGGCUAUUGACUGCUUGGAGAAGGCUCUCCGGCAAUUGCAUGCUGCUAGGCGGAGGGAGAACCGCCUACGCAGCACUGUGCUGAGGCUCCAUGAUAAACCAGAUGGUUGUAAAAACAGAGGGAGCUGGACACAAGUGGGGGAGAGGAGACAAGGAGGAUCUAACCAUGAAGAGAGUGAGAUUGAUGCUAAAUCUGAGGAUACAGGGUUGUGUGAGGACAGAUAUGAGGAUCAGACGGAGUUGGGGAAUACUUUUCUUCCAGCAACUAACAGCUGGUCUGAGGAGGAGAAGGCGUACUGCUUUUACUGUGGAAGAGGGCAGGCACAAGUUGGUGGUCAGGUAGCACGCAGAGAUCCAAAGACUGGGAACGAUGUCCAGACCACAGUGCACGAGGACUCUCUGCACAUUCAGAGAUGUGUUGAAACCAGUACUUGUGACACAGUUGACAAUGCCAAAGACAUACAAAUAGUUAGGCUGGAAAAGGAAACCAGUGACUCAAAUUCCCAAAUCCUGCUCCAAACCCAAGGUCUUCAACAUGUGAUCCCUGCUGGAGGAUCUGUGCCUGAUACUCAUGAGCAGAGUUUGCCGUUUUUAGACUCUCAGCAGAAGCUGCUCCCUGACACGUGUGAGGGGCAGACUGAAGCUUUGGGUCAAGACCAUCACCUGGAUCUGCAGCUGUUGUGGAUACAUGACAGUUUAGAGGGACAGGUCCUUCUGAUGCCUGUCUCUGCUGAAGAGGGAUUACAACGAGUUGUGAAGAUGGAGGGAGUUGCUGAUGAAGCACAAACCGUACUUGUUUCAGAACUGGAUCUUAAAGGAGACUUGGGACAGGUGACAGAGAAGAGUGGAGGUCCGUCCAGAGUUCAAACAGCCUGUGAUGAGGAACAGAGUGACCUGCAUUCUGUUGUCAACACUAGACUGGUGGAAAUGGGAGAAGAUGUGAGGGAGAAACUUAAAGAACACCUGGAGGGAUUUCACCUUCAGCUGAGCACCGAGUUUAGAAACUGACCAGAAGUUCAUACUGUGUUUCAGAGGAUGCUUGGCCUCUGAAACACAGAUAUGACACCAGAUGUGGUAUUGUUGUAGAAGCACAGACAUUUAAGUUACGUAGUUAAGUUAAAAUCUUGAAGAUAUCUGUUUUAAUCUCUUUGGCAAUUGCAGGUGUGUUUUUAGAUCUCACAUGCUUGUGAUUUUAUUGAAAGUCGCCAUAGACGUUCAUCUUACUGCAAAUACAAGGGCUUUUAUCAGUGGGCCAUAGUGAUUUCAAUACACAUCUUUGAGAUUAUUGCUUUAAGACAUAUUCAGUGUUUAGUCACUUCACAAAAGAGCAGAUCAAUGGAUGUAUGGGUUCUUAAAUGUGCUGAGCCAAACCAGAAGUGAAUAUAUCUACUAAGUGUAUAUAUAUAUAUAUAUCAAAGCCGGAUUUAUCUAAAUACUGUAUUUACCAUGAUGCUCCAUUGUUGUUCAAAAGCUGUUGAAAACACAUCAAUGAGCCCAACUUUUUGCAUUGGGUGACUAAAUGAAACUAUUUGUAAAGAUGUAUUUAUUUAGUAGGAGCCAAUGGAGUUUGAGUUGAAACAGACUGGGUGGGGAAGUCAGAAAGUAAACUUUCUAACACAUUCAAUACAUUAAAUUAAUUGUAUAGCCCAAUAUCACAAAUGAUCCUGAGAGGGCUUUACAAUCUGUACACAUACGACAUCCUCUGUCCCAGGACCUCACAUCGGAACAUCAGCAAAACGCUCCAAAAAACCCUUUAACAGGAAAAAUGGAAAGAAAGCUUAGGAAGAGCAACGGAGGAGGAUCCCUCUAUCAGGAUGGACAGAACUACAAGAGAUGUCAUGUGUACAGAUGAACAACAUUACAGAAUUGCAACAUAGUCAAUCCAUGAUAUAAAUGAUUCAUAUGAGAGUAGUAAUAGCACUAUUAUUAGCAUAAAUAAUAAUAGAAAGCUAAUGACUUCUAAUAUUAACUGCAGCAGUGGUUAUAAUAUAAUAAUAAUAAUGACGAGUACUAAAAGUAAAAGAUUGUUGGUUUUGUACUUCUAAUGGAAUUUGUUGACAAUUAGAACAAAAAUCUUUAAUUUUUAAAUCAAACGUAUUUUCAAAACAAAGAUUCAAUGGGGAAAACUACAAGACAUGAAGAUAAAGCUCUGAUGUUGAA